UUUAGGAAGCGGAAGUUACCACAAAGCAACCUCCGUUAGAUGCAGCUCUGCCAAGAUGUCCAUAAUAAAUGUAAUACAGUUUGUCUACACCGCUUAUCUUGGUGGAAAUGCUAAGUUUUUUUGGCUGUUAUAAUAUUUUAAGGAAUUAAUUCUCCAUAUUUUAUUAUUAAGUAUAUUUUUAUGGUAUGUGUUCAUCAUCUUGCGAGAAGAUUAAUGAACUAAUACGUCCAAUGCCUUCGUCUUGAGAAGUGCAGAAGUUGGUAUGAACUAGAAACGGCUUGCCGGCUCAUCCAUUUUGAUUUUGCUUUCGGUUAAUGGUGUAACUGAAGAGGAAAGCUCGACGUAUUUGCUGUAGUUCUGGUGCUAGUGGUAUUUUCUGAAAUUUUGAAAUGGAAGAUCCGGCGCCACAACGCGGUGGUUUUAGUCGUGGAGGGCGAGGAAGAGGUGGACCUGGAGGACGCGGAGGCCCGCCCAGAGGAAGAGGAAUGGGAGACGGUAUGAGAGGCCGGGGAGGCCGUGGAGGAAUGAUGCGAGGUGGCCCUCAGGGGCGUGGUGGCAGAGGAGGACCUCCCCGUGGAGGGGGCAUGAGCAGGGGUGGAGACAGAGGUGGCUUUGGUGGACCAGGAGGCAGAUUUGAAAGGGGUCGUGGAAUGGGAAUGCGUGGUGGUCGUGGAGGUGACUUCAGUUCGCGAGGUGGUGGCAGUAGUGGUGAAGGCCGAGGUAGCUUUUCUCGCGGUCGUGGAGGAAGGGGAAUGGACAGAGGUGGUCGUGGAGGAAGAGGUGGAUUUGAUAGAGGUGGUCGAGGUGGAAUGGGACAAGGGGAUCGCUAUGGUCCCAGCAAACGUGGUGGCAUGCCACCUCAGGGUGGUCCAAUGGCAAAGCGUGGCCGCUUUGAUUCAGGUCAAGGGGCCAACGGCUACCCUUCCCAUCCACGGGGAGAAGCAAGUCCAUAUCCAAGCCAACAAUUCGCCCCAGAUCAUAGUGGGUCACAUUAUGACUCACCUGCAGCGGAUUCUCAUGCACCAACAUAUGGUGGUGCAGCCUCCUAUGGAGGCGGAGCUAGCCAGCCUUACAGCAGUGGGGGUGGCAGUGGUGGUUACUCCAGUUCCGCUGGAUAUGAAGGUGGUGAGUAUGGUGGUGGGGGAUACAAUGUCCCUCCCACAGACACCCGGUCAGCCUAUGGAGUCCCUCCCCCACCUGUGCCUGGCAACUAUGGACCAGCAGGAGAUGCCUACUCAUCAUACAAAACAGGUCGUGGAGGAAGGGGAAUGGACAGAGGUGGUCGUGGAGGAAAGAGGGUGGAUUUGAUAGAGGUGGUCGAGGUGAUGGACAAGGGGAUCGCUAUGUCCAGCAAACGUGGUGGCAUGCCACCUCAGGAAGAAAAAAAUCUUCGGAAUGCACGUAGUAUAGAGAUGAGAAAACAGUUGAAAGAUAACUUAGUGUGUUUAGGAAAUGAGGAAGAAGGAUGGAUGGCAUGUGACUGCCAGGUUGGUUUACAAGAACUGGAAAGCUUUCUUGAUGCAAGUGGUCUACCUCUGCAACAUUUCUUCACAGGUUUUGGUCAACAUUCUGUGUUAGUCAGUCAGGAGCACCUGCACAUGAUUCAUAUGGAGGGGGUGGAGGUGGCUACAGCAGUGGCUCAGGAGGCUACAACACAGCCUCUAACUACGAUGAGAGGGGCUACUCCACCUCUACAAACACAUAUGGUAGUCUUUUCCUUCAUGUUCAUAAAGUUUGCUGUCCACAGAUGAGCAUUACUUACUGUUUCAGAUUCUCCUAAUUAUAGCGGUGGAGGAGGUGGCUAUGGAAAACCAGAAUACGAAGCAUUGCAGCUCUUGUCUGAAGAAUGUGGAAUCCUUGAGACUACAGAGCUUCUCUUCAAUGUGCCGUGGGAAGAUAAUGCAUCACAGCUGCCUGGAAAUCAGCUGUUGUAAAUCCGUCCCUUCCAUUCCUCUUCCUUUAUCGUCUUCCUUGUAUAGAAUUUGGACAGCACCAGUCUUAGUGGAGAACUCGCAGCCGAAAAUAAUUAUUUCCGCUAAAGAGAAAGUUGAGGCUGAGGAAGUAAUUGCCUACAUAAAGAUGAAUGAUCCACUCUGAGAUGCAUCAUUUUUUGUUUCCAAUAAUGGGAAAUGAGGAUCAACUGUACAUUUGUUUCAUUUCAAUAGUGUAUGCUUUGUUAGUGAUAGUAUUAAAAUGUGUUGAAAAAACUAGUGAAACUUUCAUAACCCUUCAAUACAGAAUUCAGAUAACAUAGCCCUUACCCUGCUUUUUUCAGAUCUCUAUAUUUACUCAACAUGGAAUUAUCCAUUGUGGGAUUCCAUGUGGAGAUAGAAAGCCACUAUUGGGCCUCACUGAAAUGGGAUGGAAACAUGUCAAAUAUUGUUAUUUUAAAAAAGUGAGAUAAAAGAUGUGUACCAAGCGAGAAUGUAUUUUGGAUGUAAUGGUAGGCGUGAACUUAA